CUAAGUGGCAGCAAAAUUCCUUUCCUCCCCACUGGAUGUCUCUGCGUGUGGGCAAAGUCUGGGAGUCACGAAAUCUGAAUGCCAUUCCAGCCCCUUUUUCUCUCUCUCUCUAAACAAACUUCAUUUUUUCUCUUUUCAUUAUUUUUCUUUCCUGCCAAACAAACAUCAACGGUUGAGCAGAAUUUUGUUUCUUUCUCCAUUUGCAAAUUUGGUGUCAGUACUCUCCCACUAGAAUUCCCUUUCCUCUCUUUCCGUUACUCGCUUGUCUUUCUGGAAUUUGCUUUCGGAAUCCGCUUUCUGUUUCUCGAAAAGUUUAGCUUUACUUUUUUUUCCUUUCGCAGGAUUUAUUCAAUUUAAUUUUUUUAACAAUCCUGCCAACCAAGCAGACUAGAGCGAGCUUGGUUCUGGAAUGCCCCGGCCAUCUUUUCUGUUUCUCUAGGGUCAAGUUUCUCUCUCUAGAAUCGUCUCAUUCAAGGAGGCCAGAAUGAGCUAGGAUUCUCCUCGGCCAAACAGGGCGGGAUGAGCUCGGUUCGGGCGUGUCCCAGCAACGCCUUCCGCUACAACGGAACUUUGUGCAGUUGCAACCCCGGUUAUGUCCUCAACGCUACCACUGGCGCCUGCAGUUUGUUCUGGGAAACUGCGGCGGACGGUUGGCUGGUGAACUCCGGGGUUGGCUACUCCAUCUCGUUUCCGACUACCAUCUUUGACUUCGAUAAGAUCAAGAAGUUCACGCAGUCUCAGGCCAUGUUCCUCGAGGCGACAGUGGUCAUGCUGAUCUCCUGGCUCUUCUUCUGUUUUUUUGUUCGGUUCGGGAGUCUUGGCGAUGGCAGGACGAUCUGGUUUCGGAUCCGCUGGUGGAUUAGCAGAUUGGAUAUCUCCUUCGCAACUCGACAUUGGUUGGAGGAUCAAAAGGUAGUUAAAAAGCGGAAAACAGAACUUGGUGGAACUUUCUCAAUAGCAAGUUGGAUACUUUUCAUCGGUUUAUUUGCUGCGUUGCUCUAUCAAAUCAUAUCAAAAAGGAGCAUUGAGGUGCAUAACGUAAAAGCGACAAAUGGCCCUGAUUUAGCUUCUUUUGUCAAUGACAUGGAAUUCAAUAUAACAACCAUUUCUAGUAUGACCUGUUCAAAUUUGCGUGGCCUUGGAACUUUGGUUACUGGGAAUCCUGGUUUCCUUGACCAUAGAGUUUUGCCUCUAUCAACCAUUGUGAGCUAUUUUUGUCAAAACACCAGCCGGGGACCAACUGUAAUCCUUAGGUGCAGCAAGUGCCAGAUUAUUCAAGAUAAUUUAUAUAUAUCGUGGCACUUCGUGGAUCUUCCCAAUAGCCCUGCAGCUGCUGUUGGUUUCCAGUUCAGCCUUCUAGCAAAGAGCCAUGCUAGCAAGAAGCAUGUGAGUUCUGUCAGGGGCUUACUGAAGAAUGGAAGCAGUCUAGAUGAUACUCCAGUUACAUUCAGAGGGGUGGAUGCAAAUGUGCUGAAAUUUAAUUUAUUUCCUCGAAUAUACCGUAACUUCCACAAUCUUAGGCUUAUUCAACCUCUGUUUCGUGAGUUUCUACGGGGUCCAUCUUUUCAUGAGAUAAAUAAGCUCCGAGCCUCUCUUGAAAGUCCUAAUGAUGGACUACUCAACAUGACAGUAUAUGUCAAUCUUUUAUCUUCCUAUAUUGUUGAAAUCGACAACCAAAAUAUUAUGGGUCCUGUGAGCUUUCUAGCGGAUCUUGGUGGCAUAUAUUGCAUCAGUAUUGGCAUAUUUUUUUAUUUCUUGGUCCAAUGUGAGUACAGAAUCAAGAAGCUCCGAAAUGAAGACAGCAUAAUGAGGAAGAUUAGAAAUCGGAGAAAAGCCCAAGAACAUUGGGAUAAAUUGAGAAAAUAUGUAAUGUACACAUGGGGUUGUAAAACAUUGGAUGAUAACUACAACAACAAUAAAAAGGAAGCAACUUGCACUGAUAUUUUCAGACCUUUUCAUGGCAAUGGAUCAUCAAGAAAACAAAGGCAGAGGAGCAGGAUGGAUUCUAUUAGUUUAAACCAGAAAGCCAGUUUACCGAGUCAGAAAAAUGCCAUUCAAGAAAGCAGAGAUACUCAAGAAAUUAAAUCUUUUUUAGCAGGAGCUUCAUCAAGUGCUGAAAGGAGUUUGUCACAUCCAAAGAAUGAAGCUGUUCUGAAAAAAGAGGUGCUUGGAGCAACAAAAGAAGGGAAACAACAUGUGGGUUCUCAUGAGGAAGAUGCCUCUCAGUGUAAAGCAUUUGCUCCUGCUGCUGCUGAUGUCCUUCCCCCUCCACCCAUGUUAGAUUUUAAGCCUGGCACCGAAAUUGACAUGUCUGAUAUUCAGAAAAAUCUGCAAAAUCUGUAUGAAUACAAUGUCAUGUUGAGAGAGAAGCUUUUAGCCAUUUAUGCUUCGAGCUCUGGGAAUGAAUGUGUGGUCUCUGACAAGGGAUCAAGCCAAGGGUAGAAAUUUUCAAAGCUAUCCAAGUAAAGGCAAGGCAGUGUUCACUCAUAUCAAAAAGAAGGAAAGGCAGUGUUCACAAUUCCACAUUGCUUGGUUUUCAGUCACAAAAUCCCAAGAGUUUGUUGCUGGAAUUUCUCUGGGGAAGGGUGUUGUAUACCUAAUGAAGGAAGAAUCUGGUCUGGAUUAUUCUCAGUCUCUGGCUCAUGGAAAGCACUCAAGGCUCAAGGCUCAAGGCUCAAGGCUCAAAUGAGAAAUCAUAAACAUUCAUGUGGAGGAGAACCCCCCACCCAAUGUUUUAUCUGAAAGACAUUUCCCUAGAUUUCUUCCGAGUAGUCACUGCUCUGUGUUUAGUGUUUGGGUAAAAAUUGGUGGAAGGGGUGACUGCAUUCCAUUCCUGAGCGUUUUUGGUAGAGUUUGAUUAAUUGAUUCAGCAUGCAUUGGGGUUGAGGUUAAAACAGCAGGAGCUCUACAAAUUUUAAUGUUGGAAUUAGGAUAAGAAAUUCAUUGUUGUACAAUAUGUGAUAACAACGAAUAAAUACAAUGUGUUUUGUUUAAAGGUACAAAAUUAGAAUUGAUGAACGCAAA